CCACAGUCAUCGGAGCAGUGCAUCGGCAUAUCGGCAUAUCGGCAUUCCCAGUUUCCUCUUCGUCCGAAGGCUGGUUGGGCUGUUGACUUCAAUGACGGCAAUAAGAGAGGGUGGUCUCCCGCCACAUCGCUUUUCGAUCGACAAUCGACAAUAUUCCUCCUUCGACACUCGUCCUAUGUCCUAUGAACUCCGCGAACAACCUGGGAUCCACCCAUAAAUCCUCGCUGGUACAGGGGAAGAGACACUUGGAAUAAAAGGUAGAUGCGGUACACAUAUUUUUAUUGUAACUGAAGCUUUACCCGAGUUACCUGUCUAAAGCAGUCUUCCUCGAACUCUUUUGGUGGUAGAAGGUGAAGCGGAUCCUUUGGUACGAUCGUACGAUCUGCUCAAAGUGCUCUAGCUAGCAAGUAGUGUACCCUCCAAAAGGUUGACUCUUUCGCUCGUUCAUCAUCACUCUCAUAACUUCAAAAGUUUCACACUGAAACAACAAACAUCCAUCAUGAAAUUCUUUUCCUUCGGCUCCAAGAGCAAAGACAAUGCUGUUCCUCGCAAGCAUGACGAUGAGACUUCCACCGGUGCCUCAGUGUCAAGCCGGACCAGUGACAACGCCAAGAAACGAAAAAACAAGAGCAAGAGCAAGAAAACGAGCAAGGGUACUGAAGCCAAGACCCUCAAUACAACUGGUACACGUAGUAAUGCUGAUAUUGCCACGGAAUGGAUGGCUGCCAUGACCAGUUUUGAGGGGCAUGAUGCCCAGAGUUUUGCAGACAUGUGGAUCUCCUACUUUGAAAGUGCCGAAGACUCCAAGAUUAUCUUGGAAGACGGGGAGGCUUACAGCCCUGCCGCCUGCGCACCAUUACUAUACGCGACCUAUCUGAGUUUCCCCGAUUUGGCGUUCCCCCAUGCUCCCAUCAAGGACAAUCCCAAAGAUCCCAAUAGUGUGGACAUUGAAGAAAUCUAUGUCAGUGGAACCCACAAAGGCGCGCCCUACACACUCAUGCCAGGGGCGCUGCCGGAGGUUCCUCCCUCGGGCAAGUUCAUCUCCAAUGAUGAGCAGCGCUUCCUCUUAAAAAUGAAGAAUGGAAAGAUCCAGAAAUGCGAAGUGGUGGCUCUGGGCAGUUUCACAGGCUUUGCUGGGCUCUAUACACAAGCCGGUGGCAGUCUUGAGGCUCCUGUGGAUAACGAUGGGAGCAAGGAAUAG